AUCAAACUCCUCUUUCAUUUCCAAAACCCUAAACCAUUCUUCACUCCAUCUCCCGCGAAUUCUCCCCGAUGGGUCUCCUCUCGUGGUGGAAAGGCCAAUCUCCGCCAUCCGACUCCACUUCCAAGCCCCCGCAGCCUCCUCCCAAGAACCUCUCUCAGCCUGCCGAAGUCCCCGGUCUGAAUGGCGCCCUCCAAGUCCCCCGACUAGAUACCUCUGUCACCAUCUUCGAGUUCGGCUCCGUCUCCUCUUCCUCCGAUAAGGUCACUCUCACCGGUUACUGCCCUGUCUCAGACGAAUUCGAGCCCUGCCGCUGGGAGAUUCUGCCGGCAAGCGACUCCAAUGCGCCUCUUUUUCGUGUCGUCUUCUGAGGAUGCUUGAGAAUGUAAGUUAAAUUCAAAGUUUAUAAACGAUUAUUCUAGCAGAGAAAGCUUUGUGAAUUACGACCUUGUUGAGGAGACUUUGGAUUUUCCUUUCGCAUAUAAUUGACUUUUCUUUUUUAGUUGUC